AUGGAUAAUGCCAACCUGUGGACUCGUCGGGCAAACUCCUCCAAAUUGUCCCUGUCCAUGUCCGGGACGGACGGCAAGGACGGUGCCCGCGUUGACCUGCCCCGCCCAUCCAAACGCUUCGGUCCCGACAGCUCCCACGGCCGCUCAAAUCCUUUUAACGCAAUCUCCCCACUAUCUGCCGGCGUCUCCUCGCCCUCCACCAAUGCCUCGUCUGCAUUCGGCCUCGGCUCCGGCGCUUUCGCUUCGUUCGGCGCACCCAAGACCCCGGGUGGCUCUUCAGAAGUGAAGACCCCCGGGGACAAGCGCGAUAUCUCGACAGAGCAGGAAGAUCUGAUGAGGUCCAAGUCGCACGCCAACGGUCCCGCUGGUCUCGGAGAGCAUGCGUUGAAGUCUACCUGGAUCGUCUGGUACCGACCACCCACACCCAAGUACUCCGACUAUGAGAAGUCGACAGUGCCACUUGCCUCGAUAGCAUCGGUAGAGAGCUUCUGGGCGGUUUAUUCGCAUCUCAAGCGGCCUUCGCUGCUCCCGACAGUGUCGGACUACCACAUUUUCAAGAAGGGUAUCCGCCCUGUGUGGGAGGAUGAGGCCAACAAGCGAGGUGGCAAGUGGAUUGUUCGGUUGAAGAAGGGUGUCGCUGAUCGGUACUGGGAGGAUCUGCUGCUCGCCCUGGUGGGUGACCAGUUUGCCGAGGCUGGUGACGAAGUCUGUGGUGCCGUCUUGAGCGUGCGGGGUGGCGAGGAUGUUUUGAGUGUGUGGACCAAGAACGAUGGCGGGCGGAACAUUAAGAUCAGAGAAACGAUCAAGCGCAUGCUCGCCUUCCCCGCAGACACCAACAUCGUCUGGAAGAGCCACGAUGACAGCAUUGCCCAGCGCUCCGCCAUUGACCAGGCGCGCCAUGAAAAGUCUCAAACCUCGGUCUCUAACCCUACGGGCCACCUAGGAUCCGAGCGGCGACGCACCGGCCACGACGACUCGGACAAAGGCAAGGGAACCGCCGCCCUGUGA